GAGGGGCGCUGGGGAGAACGGGAGGUUUUUGGAAGAGGCGCACAGAGGAGCCCCGGGCUGACCGCCGGCCCCGCCCGCAGGCUCGCGCCAUGCUGCGGGCGCUUCCCCGUCUCUGAGGAGAGGCGAAGGGGCGUCAGGGGACAGCGGCGACGCGAUUGCUAAGUCUGAGCGACGAGAGGCAAACAUGGCCCAAGCACCCACUGAUCCGAGUAGUGCGGAAACUGCUGACCCAGAGGAGAGUUCUCCAAACAUGAUAGUCUACAGAAAGAUUGAAGACAUCGUUACAAGAAUGCAAGAUGACAAAACAGGUGGAGUUCCCAUCCGCACUGUCAAGAGCUUUCUGUCCAAAAUCCCCAGCGUGGUCACUGGUUCUGAUAUUGUGCAGUGGCUUAUGAAGAACCUCAGCAUUGAGGAUGCAGGGGAAGCAAUACACUUGGGAAGUCUUAUUGCUGCGCAGGGUUACGUCUUUCCCAUCUCAGACCAUGUCCUUACCCUUAAGGAUGAUGGGACGUUCUAUCGUUUCCAGGCACCAUACUUUUGGCCUUCAAACUGCUGGGAACCAGAAAACACAGAUUAUGCCAUCUAUCUUUGCAAACGGACCAUGCAGAACAAAGCUAGGCUGGAGCUGGCGGAUUAUGAAGCCGAAAACUUAGCAAGACUUCAGAGAGCAUUUGCAAGAAAGUGGGAAUUCAUCUUCAUGCAAGCAGAGGCCCAAGUGAAAAUUGACAGGAAAAAGGAUAAAACAGAAAGAAAGAUUUUAGACAGCCAGGAAAGAGCAUUCUGGGAUGUGCACAGGCCUGUGCCAGGCUGUGUGAACACCACAGAAAUGGACAUUAGAAAGUGUCGCCGUAUGAAAAACCCACAAAAAGUGAAAAAGUCAGUGUAUGGGGUUACAGAGGAGUCUCAGCCCCAAAGCCCCGUUCACCUGCCCUCCCAACCGGUGCGCAAAACAACAAAAGAGGAUUUCCGGAAGCAGAUAACUUUUCUGAACAUGCAGAUAGAGAGACAUUGUUUAAAGAUGUCCAAAGUAGCAGAAAGUUUAAUAGCCUACACAGAGCAGUAUGUGGAAUAUGACCCCUUUAUAACUCCUGCUGAGCCUUCCAAUCCCUGGAUAAGUGAUGAUGCAGCACUGUGGGACAUUGAAAUGAGCAAAGAACCUAGUCAGCAGCGUGUGAAAAGAUGGGGUUUCUCCAUGGAUGAGGUGCUGAAGGACCCAGUAGGACGAGACCAGUUCCUUCGUUUCUUGGAAUCAGAAUUCAGCUCAGAAAACCUCAGGUUUUGGUUGGCUGUCCAAGAUCUCAAGAAACGACCUUUACAGGAUGUGACCACGAGAGUGGAAGAAAUCUGGCAAGAGUUUCUAGCUCCUGGGGCCCAAAGUGCCAUUAACCUGGAUUCCCACAGCUAUGAGAAAACAAGCCAAAAUGUCAAAGACCCAGGAAGAUAUACAUAUGAAGAUGCACAGGAGCACAUUUACAAGCUGAUGAAGAGUGACAGCUACGCGCGCUUUCUGCGUUCGAAUGCUUACCAGGACUUACUGCUGGCAAAGAAGAAGCCAGAGAAUGAGCAAGGUCGUAGAACUUCUCUAGAAAAGUUCACUCGCAGCGUGGGAAAGUCUCUGGCAAGCAAGCGCCUCACAGGCCUGAUGCAGUCCUCCUGACAGCUGCAGCCGACCGCCCCGCGGGACAGACAGCUGGGACCACUGCCGGGGACGGGGCAUUUCAGGGAGAGCAGGUCCCUGCAGGGGAGACAGCCUGAGCAAGUGGAAGCAGAGAGCCACAUGCCAGUGGAGCACCUCUCUUCACAGUUUACACCAACACUUCCCCGUCUGCACAGCUCCUUAAGGACCCUGAGCUCUGUGCAGGUACUUUGUUCCCAACUGAGGUUUGGAGAACACUUCACCAUACAUGGGAGGUCAACAAGGCGAGGGCUUGCUGUCUUGUUAUUUGAGGAAACAGACCCAACCACAGCUUGGAGAACGAAGAGCUGAGAGAGAUCAGUGUUUUUCCACAUCUCUCUUCUCCCUGGCACAAAUAUGACUGUAAUAAGAUGGCGCCACAAUCUCACUUACUCCCUUUCAUGUGGCUGUCUGGAUCCAAUAAAAUAUCUGGAUAUUUUAGCUGGAA